AUUUACACGAAUCAGGUGGGUUAUAUAGAUAAAUAUACCCAAGCUCACUACAGAAGUUAAUCUACAAAGGAUUUGAGUUAACGGGACAAGAACUGAGAGCCUCAAGAUUAAAUAAGGCAUGAACUGUUGUGCACAUCUCGUGAUAUUUUUCUGGUGCAGUGCACUGGCACUACCACAUGGUCAAGAAAGUCUUUCUUUCUCGUCAGAAACGCAUGGUUGCCCAGAGCCUGGUGAAAUAGAACCUUGUUCUUGUUCUCUUUUCUCAGAAGGAUUGUCAAUCUACUGUCCCUAUAUUUCAUCCUUGCAGAAUAUAUCAAAUUUGGUGGAAGUGUUAAAAGAUUAUGGCCCAAUAUACGAAAUUGAGUUAGGAAAUUCUGAAUUAGAAAGAAUUCCAAAACUACUGUUCAAAGAUAUAACUUUCAGAGUCUUAUCACUUCAUAGUUUGAACCUAGAUCCUAUACCUGAAGAAGAUGCUCCAUUCUUAGAAGGUAACUCUGAGUCAAUAGAGGAAGUUUACAUAAUGGAAAGUCUAAAACGAGGAUCGGGAAAUUUAUUCUUCAAUCACUUUACAAAUUUGAUGAUACUGGAAAUGAUCUGGAAUUCUUUCGACGUUGUUGACGACUGGUUUUUGAAUGGCCCAAAGUCCCUCAUAGAGCUUUUCUUAAAUGAAAAUGGAAUAGAAACUUUAGGUGAAACAGCCUUUGCUCAUCUAACCAAUCUCACUUAUUUGAGUAUUUCAGAAAAUAGAAUUUCCAGCGUUUAUCGAUCCAUGUUUCCAAAUAAUCUACAAAUUUUGGAUAUCAGUUAUAAUAAGAUUAACGAGUUACCACGAGAUUUCUUCACUAAUAUGCACAACUUAGAAGAUAUAUAUUUGGAAAGUAACAACAUAACCGUGUUAGACGAGGCUACCUGGAAACCUGUAUGGAAUCAGCUGGAUUCAGUAUGGCUAAACGAUAAUCCCAUUGUUUGUGAUAAUCGACUACGGUGGAUACUCGACUAUAGUUUUCCAACAAGUUUUUGGGGCUACUGUUCAGAACCUCCUCAUUUGAGAGGAAAGCACCUGACGUUUCUGACAUCAGAUGACCUGGAAUAACACAAGCCUUUGUUUUGGAAAUCUCCUAUAUGAUAUAAAUGGAAUAAAGUAUUUCAGUUUACGAUAACAUUGUAAUUUACACAAUUGAUUUAAUACAAGUGUGUCUCAAUAAAUGAAUUGAUCUGACCUU